GACAGCAAACAGCCUGAAUUUAACAUUAAGCUAAUUCUGUAUGUAGUGGUUUUGCAUGAUAAUUAAUUUCUUGCAAUGUCGAACCAUGACAUAAUCGGACCAGCACUACCCCCGUCGUUUAACAAGGCCAAAAGUGAUGAAUCUGAUGAAGAAGAAGCGAUUAUCGGCCCAGCGUUACCCCCUGUUUACAAACGUACAGAGUCGUCGAGCGCAUCUGAAGAUAGCGACGGGGAAGAGGUAGUGUUCAAAAGAGCUAAGCGUGCGGGACAAAGAGACGACGCAACUCCCACUAAACAUCGCAGGAUAGAGGAGGUGGAAAAAAAGAGGGACGUGCAAGAAGAGGACGAUGGUUUCUUUGGCCCUGCUCUGCCUCCAGGAUAUCAAAAGCAACAGAGUUCACCUGAAAGGCCCUUGGUACUGGGACCUGCCUUGCCUCCAGGUUUUCGCAGACAGGUUGAUGAUGAUGAUGAUGAUGAUGAUGAUGACGACAGUGAUGAUGAUGAAAGAGAGGAUGAUCAGGGGUACUCUGGUCCGGCGUUGCCACCCGGUUACAAAGCUGAAUCCUCCAGCAGUGAGGCUGAGGAUAGUGACAUCAUAGGUCCAAUGCCUGUCAAAGGUCCUGUCCAUGACUCGGUGGUCUCAGACAUUGAGAGAAGGGCAAAGAGAAUGAAAGACAAGUUGUCAGGAGUGAAUGAUGGACCAGAGGAGCUGAAAAGAGAGGAGUGGAUGACAGAGCUGCCCCCCGAACUCCAGCACUUUGGCAUGGGUCCACGCACCUUCAAGAGGAGGACUGGGCCGGAGGACAAGGACCGCUCCAUCUGGACAGACACCCCAGCCGACCGCGAGCGCAAAGCCAGGGAACGACUAGAGGGUAAGAACAGCGGUGAGUCACGCAAAGCCGACGCCCCACGCGUGUCCGAAAAAGAACUGCAAAUAGCGCAGCAAGUGUCAAAAUACAACGAGUCCAAACGAGGUGAGUCACUCAUUGAUAUGCACACGAAAAAGAUGAAGGCGGCGGCAGAGGAAGGGGAGAAGAAGCCUGUGGAACGGAGGCCGUUUGACAGGGACACAGACCUGCAGGUGAAUCGCUUUGAUGAUGCUCAGAAAAAGGCUGUGCUGAAAAAGUCUCAGGAGCUCAACACGCGUUUCUCUCAUAGCAAGGACCGAAUGUUCCUCUGAGAAAUCCUACAGAACACCGCCGGGCCACCCAGAACUUUCUCUCUGUUUCUAUGUUUUCACAUCAGAGUAUCAGUCUGUAUGGGAACCUUGUUAGCAAGGUGGUGGGGGGGGGGGGCAUAUCAGUGCAAAUGAUGUCGCUGGUUUAGACCACAAACACCAGAAUCAUGAUGUUGAAAUUCUACAUUACAUUUAAAACAGCUGGGUGAGAAUUUGUCGUGUCAUUUUGUAACUAGAUGCAAGAGAUGAAAAUCUGUAAUAUAUUGGCAUCUUUGUUCACCAUUUGAAACUGAUUCUGCUUUGUGAUUUUUUUUUUUUUUUAAUUAUCCAAACUGGUCUUUUGCCGUUUUCAGUUACACAGUGGUUUAGUUGUGCGUGAC